AUGGCGACUCCCACAACAGAUAUCGAAUCCGUUGGAGACGAGAAACCAAUCGCUUACCAUAACACAAACAUCACUUCGGAAUUCGCUCAUGAUGCGGCGGAGCGCGGCCACCUGGCGACCGAUCAAUAUGGACACGCCCUCGUCGAGUUUGAUCAGGCCGCUGAAUCCCGAUUGAGGAUGAAGAUCGACCUAUACGUUGUGCCCACCGUGGCUCUCAUGUACCUCUUCUGCUUCAUUGACCGAGUCAAUAUCGGUAAUGCUAAGCUCGCUGGCUUCACCAAAGAUCUUGGAUUAGAAGGCUACGAUUAUAACAUUGUUCUGUCCAUCUUCUUCGUCUCAUAUAUUCUCUUCGAGAUUCCAAGUAAUAUCGCAUGUAAGUGGAUUGGGCCAGGAUGGUUCUUACCUGCACUUACGCUCGGAUUCGGCAUCUGUUCGGUUGCCACAGCCUUCGUGCAUAAUAUCCACAGUGCAUCCGGCGUCCGAUUCUUACUAGGCAUGUUUGAGGCCGGUCUCCUACCCGGAAUUGCCUACUACCUGAGCCGAUGGUACCGCCGCAGCGAGCUGGCUUUCCGCUUAUCCUUGUAUAUUGUCAUGGCGCCUCUCGCUGGUGCCUUUGGUGGUCUUCUCGCUUCAGGUAUUCUAAAACUAGAUCACUUUGGGGGUCUCCAUACUUGGCGAAUGCUCUUUGCAAUUGAGGGAAUCAUCACUAUCGGAGUGGCUCUCAUAGCAUUCGUAACGAUGACCGAUCGCCCUGAAACAGCCCGCUGGCUAUCACAGGAAGAAAAGGAUUUGGCCAUUGCGCGAGUCAAGUCGGAGCGUGUUGGAACCACUGAGGUUCUCGAUAAGCUGGAUCUACCAAAGACCCUACGAGGCAUCUUCAGCCCUGUGACCCUGACAACUGCAUUUGUCUUCCUGCUCGACAACGUCACUGUCCAAGGAUUGGGAUUCUUUGCGCCGACAAUUGUCCAAACAAUCUAUCCGCAUGCAACUGUGAUAUCCCAGCAACUCCAUACCGUCCCCCCGUACAUAGUAGGGGCAUUUUUCACUGUUCUGUUCCCUUUCCUCAGCUGGCGAUUUGACCAGCGCCUGAUAUUUUUCGUUAUCAGUCCGCCGCUAAUGAUGGCUGGAUACAUCAUGUUCUUAGCCAGCGAGAACGCCAUGGUCCGGUAUGGAGCCACUUUCCUUAUUGCUAGUGGCGCCUUUCCCUUUGGUGCUCUCUGUAACGCCCAUGUUUCCGCCAAUGUGGUAUCAGACACUGCUCGAUCAUCGGCGAUCGGAACUACAGUGAUGUUUGGCAACAUCGGUGGAUUGAUCUCUACCUGGUCGUUCUUGCCGACUGAUGCGCCUAACUAUCACGUUGGCAAUGGCUUGAAUCUCGCAACAUCUUCCAUGAUCCUAUUGCUCGGUGCGUCCCUGUGGAUGUGGAUGAUGUGGGAUAACAGGAGGCGUAGCCGGGUCGAUAUCAACGCUGUCUUGGCAGGGCUUUCACAGAAGCAGAUUCAGGACAUGGAUUGGAAGAAUCCUGCCUUUCACUGGAAGCCAUGA